UAUGUUAAAAUCUGCUGUACUUCAAUUUGAUUCUCCUAAGUAUGCUUAACAAAGUGUCAUUAAGGAUAUAAAAACUAUCAAAGAAUUAUUAAAAGGAGAAGAUUAUUUUUAAUUAAGAUAAAAAUUAAAUGAAGUAUUUGGUAAGAAAAUUAAUGAUCAAUAAUAAUAAAUAACAAUUUAAUAGAUUUAACAUUAAUAAUAAUAAUACCAACAACAUUAAUUAACAAAUAGUGUUAGAUAAAGGACUUCUAGUAAUUAAGAGGAUACAAACUAACCAAAAAAGUAGAUUUUUCGUAGAAUUUAUGUUGCCAGAGAAAUUGAUAAAACCUAAAAAGAGUAACCAUCAUUAGGAGAAAUCAAAAAAAUUAACUAUACUCCUUUACGUAAUCGAUAAUCUCGUGUUAAAAUGAAUAGUUCCAAUAUUAGAUAGAAAACUAUAGAGCAAACAUCAUCAUAAUAACAAUAGCAAUCUGCUAUUUAAUAAUAAUGCUUACCAAUUAUUAAAAGCUUUGUAAAUAUGGAGGAAUACUAAAAGCAAUAACAAUAAAUCAAAAAAAAAAAAGAUUAAUAAAAAAAGAAGAUUAUGUAAAACAAAUUUAUUGAGUUUGAUAAAGUUUUGAAUUAGUUAAUAAAAUGA